AUGGCCAGCGCUGCAGCAGCAAUUGCCAGCAGCAGCAGCGGAGCCCCGAAGCGGCUGCAACAGCGUAUAGCAGAAGAGUUACGGGUGUCUUACCUGACCCCCAGCGGUGGGGCGAAUGAUAGCAGCAGCAGCAGCAACGGUCACCACGGCAGCAGCAGCAGCAGCAGCAAGAAUGAAGACGACGCUGACGAUGCGCAGAUCCUCGCUGAGUACAUUUUGCAUUUGCUGCUACGCGAGAAGGCGCCAACGGAUCGUCUUCUGGAGGAGCUCAAGGAAUUCCUAGGGCAGCCAGCUGAUGACUUCACUCGCUGGCUCCAGCGGGAGCUGCAGCAGCAAAGUGCUGCCUGCAGCAGCAGCAGCAGCGGGAGACACCGCAGCAGCAGCAGGUCAAAGCAUCUCAGCAGCAGUAGCAGCAAGCACGGCAGCAGCAGCAGCAGUGCGAAGCACUCAAGCACGAGCGAUGGGACGUCGCGCGGGUCUAGCAGCAGCAGCAGCAGCAAGCAGGGCAGCAGCAGCAGACAUGGUAGCAGCAGCAGCAGCAGCAGCAGCAGCCACAGAUACAGCAGCAGCGCGCAGCAUGAAGCAUCUCGCGGGGAGGGGCGUGGAUCUCGAACGAUCUCCCGCCGCCUCAUCCUGAUGCGCGCCGCAGAGCAGGCCGCUGUCAGCAGCCGCAGCGGCACCUCCGUGCGUAGCGGCAGGUCGCAUCGUUCCCCACCCCGUAGCCGCCGCAGCAGAAGCCGCAGCAGGAGCCGCAGCAGCAGCAACGGCAGCAAAACGCCACCUAUGUCGCGCUCUAUUUACCUCAUGGGCAGCACCAGCAGCAAGGGGAAUACGCCGUCCCCUUCAUCAGCUCCUGUCUGGGUCACUGCUCCUGCAGCACACCCGCAGCAGCAGCAGCAGCAGCCGCAGCAGCAAACUCCUGGCGCUGUUGCUCCCGGAGACAUUUUCCGGUCUCAGGCGCAGCAACCCACGGCGUACGAGAUGCAGCAGAUGAAACAGCAGCAGCUCAUGCAGCAGCAGCAACUGCUCCAGCAGCAGCAGCAGCUGCCGCUGGUGCCUGUCGCAGCGACAGCUCCGGCAGAUAUGUCUGUCCCGGAGGCUGCGCUGCAGCGCGGCCCCAAAGCGAUAUUGAAGCCGAACCCCAGGUUUGUGGAGGCGUUCUUGGCUGCUGAGCACGGGGCCGUAGGAGACAGUCCCUUCCCUUUGCAUGCAUCUUCUGCCGCUGCUCCUGUAGCACAUUCUAUGCUGCAGCAGCCGCAUCCGCACCAACGAAUGCCGCUGCAGCAGCAGCAGCAGCAACAGCAACAGCAGCCACAGCAGCAGCAGCCCUACACCCACUUGGCGGGGGCUGGGGUUCCUCAGGCCAAAGUGCGGCGCCGCUGUUUGCGGUGGCCUGACUGUCCGUUCGGCACGAAGUGUAAUUACAUACACCCGGCGAUUCGAUGCGCAAACUUCCCGCGGUGUCCCUUCGGGUCUUCUUGUUUUUAUUUGCAUCCUCCAGUGAAAUGCCGCUAUGGACAGAAUUGCCAGAACCCCAGUUGCAACUUCCUCCAUCCCGAACGCCCCGGGUGGAUGGGGGAGUUAGGGGAAGAUGGCCUCUUUAGAAACAAAGUCUGGACAAAGGACAGCCAGACUGCUGCACCGGCAGCAGCAGCAGCAGCAAAUUCCAGUGGGGGCGCCUCCGCGGCGCAGCAAAAUGCUGCUGUUGCUGCGUUGAGCUUCACGCUGCCUUCUACCCCGCCAUCGCUGAAGAGGAGGCAAGCAGCUCCGGAGCAGCAGGAGAUGACGUCCCUGACCCUCCCUCCUGCAGCAGCAGACGGCGCUGCGGCUGCUCCAGCUGCAUCGGGUACUGAUGCUGCAGCUGCGGCGCCUGCUGCUGCUCCUGCUGCUGCUCCUGCUGCUCCCGUAGAGGCGGCGGACGGCGGAGACAUUGAGCUCGACGGGGACGCGCCGGAGGCAGCUGCUAUGGCAGAGGAUGUCGCAGCCUCUGCCUGA